GAAAAUCAGCUCCGUCGAAUAUCGAUAAAUUAUCGAUCAAUUCUACACCCAAUUUACUAAAAAUGUUAUAAGACAGUUGAACAGAUGCAUCUUUUGCAUGGGAUCCGAAUCUGUGCACCUAGGUUGUUUUCUGUUUGCUCCUCUCGUAAUCACUUUCCCACAAAACCGAGAUAAGAUCCAAAGGAUCAGGUCUACAAAUUUUCCGAUCGUUUGCCACCUCUCAUCCUCCUCAACCAUUAUCGCCGGUUGGUGUCACCCAAAUCCAUCAGCAUCACCGUCAAGAUAGUCUGCGAAUUCGUCGAUGCCACCUAAAUCCAUAAGCGUAUCCGUUCGAAGGGUCUGCUAAUUCGUGAUCUUUAGGAGCUCGUCACAGAACGGCCUUUAUAGCCCCUGGGCUGUUCUCCAAAAUCCAAGGGCUGCAACGACAGCAAGACGGGAGUAACGCAUUCCAAUUCCGAUUAGGUAAUCCUUCUCUCUCUCUCUCUCUCAUGGAGGAUAUCUUCGAUUCAUCCCUAAACCUAGAAGAAACCCACUUCAACGAAGGUUUCAACGAGGGCUACGCCGACGGCUUAUCCUCAGGCAAAGACGAAGGCCGCCAAGUGGGCCUCAAGCACGGCUUCGAGGUCGGCGAGGAGUUAGGGUUUUACAGGGGCUGCAUCGACGUGUGGAACUCCGCUAUUCGGGUCGACCCGACUUGCUUCUCGUCUAGGAUCCAGAAAAGCAUCAAUACCAUGGACAACUUGGUUAAAAAGUACCCGACUUCGGAGCCGGAGAACGACUCCGUGAAUGAGGUUAUGGAUUCUUUGAGGUUGAAGUUUAGGUCUGUUUGUGCUAGUUUGAACGUGAAGUUGGAGUAUAAGGGGUAUCCUAAGGAAAUGUUAAAGUUGAUGCUUGCUUGCUGUAAGGUGUACAUAUCUGAAAGCCGAAACAGGGUUGCCCUUGAUUCAAUUGAACAAGCUGCCAAACUAUUCCCACAAGCUGCCAUAAUCAACAAGUUUGAAGAUGAGACUUAUAAUAGAGUUGGUUACACCCUUGUCUCCAAGGUAACCCCAGAGCCAUCUUCGGGCAUGUGUCCUCUAAAGACUACUGUCUUUGCCAUGGUUAAAGCUGCUUUUGAAGCCGUUGACCUUGAGUCGCACCAUGGAAGUCAUCCUCGGCUUGGGGUUGUGGACCAUAUAUGUUUUCACCCCUUGGGUAGUACUUCUCUGGACCGGACAGCAGCGCUGGCAAAAUCCUUGGCAGCUGAUAUUGGCUCCAUUCUGCAAGUGCCGUCUUUCCUUUAUGGAGCAGCCCACAAAGAGGGAAGAACACUUGAUUCAAUCAGACGGGAGCUGGGCUAUUUCAGGCCCAAUUUUACCGGAAACCAAUGGGCAGGAGGACCAAAAUCAGAGCUCUUGCCACUGAAACCAGAUGAGGGUCCAACUCAUGCAGUUCAAGCGAAGGGUGUCGUCGUAAUUGGAGCAACCCCAUGGGUCGAUAACUACAAUGUUCCAGUCUACUCUACCGACAUUGGCCUGGUUCGUAGAAUCGCUAAAAGGGUAAGUGGGAGAGGUAAAGGACUUCCAUCUGUCCAAGCCAUGGCACUUGCUCAUGGUGAAGAUGUGAUUGAGGUAGCCUGUAAUUUGUUGGAACCAAGUGAGGUUGGAGGUGAUUUGGUUCAGCUUGAAGUGGAGAGGAUUGCAGGAGAAGAGGGUUUGGCUGUGAGGAAGGGCUAUUAUACUGAUUUUUCUCAGGAAAAUAUAAUUCAAAGUUAUUUGCAGUUGGAUUUUCACAGAGGACAGAGAGAAUAGAAAAAGCUACUCGUCCAUGCAUUACUCUGACAAAAUCAGUAGGUUCUAUCUUUGGGAGAAAAUUCAGAAAAUACCAAACUCUGAAGUAGGAGAUUGAUCUGUUUGUAAUGUUGUUGAUAUUCAUUCCUCUUUCCACAGGAAGGUUGGCUCAAGUGAAAACCCCCUCUUUUUCAA